AUGGGAACCUAUACUACGGUAUCAAUUUCUCGACUGUGUUUGAAUAUCUUGGCGCGACAAGACCAUUGCAAUGCACACAAUGCGCCUUUAUCUCGAUUACUGUUAAACAAUUAUUUUUUUUCGAAAAUUUUGCGAAGCUUCAAUAGCCCUAUUAUUCCAAAACUUAAACUAGAGACAUUGGAACCUCGAUCAGAAAAAUUCGGUGAGUAUUUAAAUUUUGAUAUUUAAAUGUAAAUAUUCCCUAUUCAUUUUUCUUUGAAGAAAAAGAAAACAUCAUAAAUUUCCAGCCGAAUUUCUCUAAAAAACUCUCCCUUUUUCUUCUUUUUCUUGUUUUUUGUUUAUUUUUGCGGCUGACUCAAGUAGUAGUCCGAGCUUAAAUGCACUUUUCAAGUGUUUUCCAGACUCUUCCAAAAUAUUUGCCGAAAGUUUUCACUUUUAUCAAAUCGAAAAUCUUUGCGAUGUCUGAAACUUUGAAUAUUUUUCUCUUAGCAAACAAAAAUUACGAAACACCUCCCGACCCCCGGAAAAAUUUCCGAUUUUUUUUUCGUCGUUUUUUUUCUAGCCACACAGGCAGAAAUCAUCGUCUCUCAUUAUUUUAUAAUCUCUUCACAUCUGAGAGAGAAUUUUUAAGAAAAGGCCAAGGCCGAACUCUAUCUUCUCUGGAAAUUUUUUUCUUGCUAAAUCAAAACUUUUUUCUUCUUCUUCUUUUCACCACACGGACAUUUUCUUCUUUUUUUUUCGAAAAAAAAAACGAAGGAAAAUUGAUCUGAAGUGAAAGAAAGAAGAAAAAAGAAGAAAUUUCGAGUAUGUUUCAGAAUUGAGUUUCGUGUAAAGUGCGUGCGCAUUUCCAGACGAGAAAAAAGGAUUCGAAUUUCAUCGCUCCCUGAAAAUUGAAAUUCCAGAAAGAGAUAUGCACUUUUGAUAGUUAUUUACGACUAAAAAAUUUUUUUUGAACAUUUGUUAAGUUGAACUAAGCUCUGCUGACUCACGGGAUCCGUUUUAAUGUAAUUAUUUUCAAUCUUCCCCCCACACAACUCGACUAAAUAAAAAAUAUCUUGGAAUGAGGAAAAAACGUGAACUGAUUAAGUAACGCCGAAAUUUUGGGGGGGGGGGGAAUUGUCAUUUUUAAGAUUUUAAAAAAUUGAAAACCUACCUAAUGUAUUUUGAAACCGGGAAAAAAUGUGAGUUGGGGGGGAUUUGAACAAUUUCCCGAAGCCAGUUAAAAUUGACUUAGAAACUUCGAAUAAAAAAUCGAAAAUUCCCGAAAUUUCGUGACUAUUCUGCGCCUCAAAGUGAUGUUUUCGAGAUUUUCAGGGUUCCUUCACACCUCGGCCAAGGCGUGGCUAGCCAGAGUACAAUUUUUAAAAAAUCUGAUUUUCAGUUUUUAGAGGUCAAAAAUUGAAAAAUAACAAUUUUUAGAGGACAAAAACUGGAAAAUUCACAAUUUUCGUACUGUAAAAUGUUAGCGUACCAUUUUUUAUUGUGGAAACCACGAUUUUGGCCGAGGUGUGGGUUCCUUUUCCCAAGUUAGCUUUCUGGAGUUUCUAUAACUCAGGUCAAAGGUCUAAUUUUCAAAGAACCUCUCUUCCCAGCAUAAUUUUCUCUUUCGAAAUCAAUCUGCAAAACUAAGUAGAAAAUUAUGCUGGAAAGAGAGGUUCCUUGAAAAUUUUAAAAAUGAACUUUUGACCCGAGUUAUAGAAACUCCAGAAAGCUAACUAGGGAAAAGGAACCCCAGAUUUUUAAAUGUGAACCCAUGGGGUAACUGUUUCAACAUGCAAUCGAGAAUUCUAGUAGUUUUCGACCCGCUUUUCCCGAUAAAAUUGCAAAGCUCACCUCCUAACAUGAGUUAUGACGUGGCAAAGUUGGAAAAUUGCGACGUUGGAAUGUCAAAACUCGCUUUUAAAAUGGUUUUUUUUGAAAAUCUGAUAGCAUAGCAUUGUUCAGGAAGCUCUUUCUGAAAUCCGAAAAAAUUUCAGAAAAGUAAUAGAACCUCCUGAACAACGCUAUGCUAUCAGAUUUUCAUUAAAAAAAAAAACCAUUUUGAAAACGAGUUUUGACUUCCCAAAAUCGUAAUUUUCCAACUUUGCCACGUCAUAAAUAAUAUUAGGAGUUGGGAUUUGCAAUUUUAGAAAGUGAAAUAGUGAUAAGCGGGUCGAAAACUACUAGAAAACAAAUAUUUUAUUGAAAAUCCAGAGAAAUUUGAGAUUUUUGUCUGAAUGUUCCCCGAGAAUUUGAAAAAUGCACCUCUGAUCCGAGUUAUAGCAACUUCAUGGCAAAAUUUCGAAAUCUUCAAGAUUCUCUAGAAUUCCCAUAAAAGUCUUGGUUGGUAGUAAUCCUUUUUUCAAUUCUUCCUCCAUGCAUUUUCGUUUUCUUUUUUCUUCUUCUUCUUCUCAUCAUAAAUUGUCUGGGGGUCCAAAAACCCGAAAGAACAACAAAAAAGAAGAAGAAGAAGAAGAAGAAGAAGAAGAAGAAGAAGAAUCUCUAUCUAUCUGAACUCGAUUGUCCUUCCUUCUUUUUUCCUUCUUCUUCUUCUUCUCCUCUCCCUUUUUUUUCGGAGCCCUGGGAGAGGCACAUUCGAGCGACCGCCUCGAACAAAAAAUAGCAUAUGAAAUUGCAGAGUGCGCAGACAAUGUCGGCGGUCUCAACUUUUUGCACGCUGCAUGCCCUUUUUUCAGUUUUAGAGAGUCCACAACCAACCAAUUUCAGCCCCUCCCUCCCUUCGCUUUUUUUGCCUCGUUUUUUUUUGUUGAGAAAAAAGAAGGCGCCGUUUUUUUUGUGUGGCUAGAAAGUGUUGUGCCCCUCCCGAAAAUGUUUCACUCUGGAAAUUUUCGUCUUUUUUUCGUUAUGUUGCCACUAUUAUUGACCUCUCUGAAGUUGUUGCGCACUUCGAUUUUUUCGUUCGUGAGAAUUUCAAUCUGGAAAUUUUCUGGGUUUCCGCUAGACAUUUUAAUUAAUUGGUUCAUAAGGAAUGAUUUUAUGAUAUUUUUUUUUAAUUCCCUGUCCAGAAACCGGAAAAAAACAGCCCUUGAAGGCGCAUGCUGAAGUACGGUACAACCUGCACAUCUAACUCGAUUCCUGUAGAGUUAGAUACGCAGGUGGUACGGUUGUUCCCAGUGUGUUCCUUUAAACCUGUGUUUUUGGCCAAAAAUAUGUAUAUGUUUUCAAAUUCGGCGUCCAAAAACCCUUCAGAUUAAAGGCACAUACUAAAGUACGGUACAACCUGCACAUCUAACUCGAUUCCUGAAAUUUUUUCAAUUUUCACGAGUUAGAUACGCAGGUGGUAGGGUUGUUUGCAGUGUGUUCCUUUAAUCUGUAAUCCUUUAAAUAUCCCUCCAAAAAACAGCCCUUAAAGGCACAUUCUGAAGUACGGUAAAACCUGCACAUCUAACUCGAUUUCUGAUGAGAAAUUGGACAGAAAACCGAGUUAGAUACGCAGGUGGUACGGUUGUUUGUUUUUUUCAGUGUGUUCCUUUAAAACUGUUUUUGUAUGUAUAUUUUUUUUUUCAAAUUCGGCGUCCAAAAACCCUAGUACGGUAGAACCUGCAGAUCUAACUCGAUUAGUUAGAUACGCAGGUGGUACGGUUUUUUGAAACCUUAUUUUUUUUUUGAAAAAGAAGAAAAUAUUCCCAUCUGAAAAUCCUUAUGAAAUUUGACACUUUUUCUUCUCUUUUCCACGAAUUUGUUUCCACAAGUCAUAAAUUCCAAAAUUCGACCUUGUUAAUGUUGCUUUCCUAAAUUUGAUUUUAAAUUUAUUACCGUAUUUCAAGGGCGGUGAUUUUCUGGUGUUUUUUUUUCCAAUAACCAACCAAUCAAAACUAAGUGUUCCUUGAAAAUUAUAAUAAAAAUAAUAAUAAUAAUAAUUUUCAGUUCUUCAAAACAUUGACUUGUUUAAUUCUCCUUAUCACCGAAUAAAUGUAUAUUUGUCAAUCAGAGACGCCGCGACGUUUUAUCUAUAAAAUAAUGUUGCCUUUUUGGUUAGUUCUAGGCCCCGGUCGCUGAAAAUUUUUUCGCUCCUAUGAUGUUUAGUUUUCCUGGUUGUCAUUUGCAGAUAGCAAAAUCGCAACAUUUUCUCCGCUCCUUUUUCUAUCUGAAUUCAUUGCCAAAAAUAGACGAAGAAGAAGAAGGCAAUUAUGAAUUAUUUAUUUGGGGAAAUGAGUUCAGGAAUUGGUAAUUUGUAGCGAGAACAUUAACAUAUGAUUUAUAGAUUUGUAGUUCUAAAUUUUUUUCUAAAAUUCUAAUUUUGAGAACUAAUAGAGUUACCCAAAAUUUAGCAAACUUUUUGGAGUACUGUGGGUUCCAGAAACUUUUCCACGUCAUAACCUAGCCUAGUUAUGACGUGGCAACCUUUUCAUUCUUGAUGAGAACUAGACUAUUUGAGUAUAUAAGCUAUUGCGGUUCUUAAAAAGUCUAGUUUUCAUCAAGAAUGAAAAGUUUGCCACGUCAUAACUCUCUAUUGCGCGAUUCUAGGAUUUUUUCAAAAUAUUUAUUUUUGGAGAGUUCAGACUCCCCUAGAAUUUAGUUAUGACGUGGCAAAGUUUCCCGCAACCUCCCUUUGAAUUUGAUUCACAGGUUUUGGGAAUCCCGAAAAUUCUGAAUUUUUUGUGCUUAGGCUUAGGUUGUUUGCAACUCUGCCACGUCAUAGAAUUUUUCUGAAGCCUGAAACGAAAUUCAGAAUUUUUGGAGAAACAUGUGAAUCAAAUUCAAAGUGAGGUUUCGAGAAGCUUUGCCACGUCAUAACUAUAGUCUAGGCGAGUGAACAUUCUCAAAUCUGUUCUUAGGCUUUGGAUUAUUGCAACUCUGCCACGUCAUAGCAAUUUCCAAACUUUAUCAUUUUUAGGUAAGCUGGGGCCAAAUUCAUAAAAGUGGUAUACCAAAAAUUGCUGGAAAAUUUUUUUUGGUACGCUUAAUUUUUCUUCAUUAAUUUUGGGUUUUUUUGAAUUCGGCCCAUGAUGAAGUUGGGAAAAUGUUAUGACGUGGCAGAGUUCCAAUGAGCCAAAGUCUGAAUUCAGAAGACCCAAUACUUUCCCUUCCCCCAGAUCAUCAUUUUUUCGCGAAAAAAAAAGUUCAAACCAAUAAUUCUUCUGCCCAUCCAUCCAUUAGUAUUUUUUUCUCAUCUCGAAAAAAAGAACCAAUAAAAUUCUACGAUAAAUUGUGACCAGACCACCCUGGCUGAAGACGAGCGUUUUUUGUGUGUGUUCCCGAGAAAAUCUCGUUUUUUUUUUUCGUUUCGUCUUCUUCUUUUCUGCUUUUUACCCCCAGUCAGUGUCGCAUCUCUUCUUAUCUAUAAUAAAAGUUGGGGUUUUUCUCUUCUUCUUUCAUUUGUGUGUGCGAUGCUUGCUUGCUGACAUACAUUUUCAGUCAGUCAGUCACCCCCAGUCGGUCAUGGGAGGGAGGCGAAUCGAGAAAAAAAAAGAUAGCUGUCCUACGAUUCGCCGUCGUUUUUUAUCUUUUCGCCUGUGUCAGAGGGGCAAGAAUGAAAAAGAAAGCGAAAAGAAAAAACGAGAGACAUACACACACUACUCUUUUUUCUCGUUUUAUAUUUCGGGAAGACAGUUUUUUGGGAGUGUUCAUUCUCUCUGAAAUCAUAAUUUUUGCUUGGCUUGGUUGGUGGGGUACUGUAGGGUUUUUGGAAAAAAGCGACGGAAUUUGUAGUUCUAGAAUCGUACCGUAGAUAGGUUUCUCUGAAAAUUCUAGGCUUCUUUGGAAUUUCUCUGAAAGCCUUAGGUUUCUUUUAAAGUUCUCUAAAGGCUCUAAAUUUCUCUGGAAUCCUUAAGCUUCUCUAAAAGCCUUAGGUUUCUUCGAAAGCCUUAAGCUUCUUUAAAAGCCUUAGGUUUCUCUGGAAGUUCUCUAAAAGCCUUAAGCUUUUUCGAAAGCCUUAAGCUUCUCUAAAAGUUUUAGGUUCCUCUGAAAGCCUUAUGUUUCUCUGAAAGUUCUCUGAAAUCUCUGGGUUUCUAUGAAAGCCUUAAGCUUUUCUGAUUUCUAGAUUUAUCUGAAAAUAUAUGAGAAUUCUUACACGUUGGAGAUCCCUGAAGUUUCUGAAAAUUUUCAGAACCCUAAAUUUUGGGUAGUUUAGGUGAGAUUUUCAUUUUUUAAGUAGGUUCGCGAUCUGAAGUCCUAGAGGUUUUAAUCUAUAGGGUUUUCUGAAAUAUUAAGACGUCUAUGGAAGUUUUUGGUUUCUCUGAAAGCUUGGAGAGUUCUCUGAAAGUUUUCUGAAAUUUCUAGGUUUCUCUGAUAGCCUUAAGCUUCUCAGAAAGUUGUCUGAAAUUUUUAGGUUUCUCUGAAAGUUCUCUUAAAGCCUUAGGUUUCUCUAAAAGCCUUAAGCUUCUCUGAAAGCCUUAAGCUUCUCUGAAAGCUUUAAGCUUCUCUAAAAGCUACUCUGAAACAUCUACAAGUUUUUCUUGAAGUUCUCUAAAAGCUUCAGGUUCCUCUGAAAAUUCUAGAUUUUCCGGAAGUUCCUCAAAAUCGAAGUCCCACAAAAGCUGCUGGAUUUUUAAAUGUGAAGAUUGUAUUUUUCAACUUCUGAAAAUUUUUCGAACCCCAAAAUAACCUUUCUGAGCUGGGGAACCCUUGAAGUUUCUCGAUUUCUUCAAUUUUUUUGCUGUGGCUCCUGACUCCUGCUGCUUUAUUUGUUUAUAAUUUUUCAGUCCUCGAUUUUUUUUUGGUUUGUUUUCAUUUUGGAAUCCAAAAAUUUGGAUCAUGGAUUUUUUCAGCAGAAAGUUUUUUCGAAAGCUCAAAAAUUCAGAAAAUCUGAAAAUCUACAAUUUUCCCUUCUGAAUACUGUAAGUUAUUCAUUAUUAUUCCCAUGUUUCCAUUUCCAAUUUCACAUCAUUUCGUGUUGACUCCGCCCCUUUCUUACUGUACCCCAAAUUAAUUAUUUAAUUAAUUAAUAAUUCUCAUCCGUUUAAUCAAAAAUCUAACAUUUCCAAGCAGCCCCAAGAAGAUUACGGUAUAAUUGCACUUUCCAAGCUUUUCGUCCACUGAAAAUCAAAUUUCAUGUUGUUUUCGCCGUUUUCUUCUUUUUCUUCUUUCACCCCCAGCUUUUCCCUCGUUUUUUAUUUUUCAUCUGAAACAUCUGGUGAUGUUUUUCAGUCAGAGAUUUGUGUUGAAAACAACACAGCGUGUGUGUUUUUGGUCGACUAUCCCGCAUAUACUCUAGUUUUCUAGGUCAAAUAAUAGACACCAAAAACAGAUAUUGUAUUCGCUGCCUCUAUUAUUAUUACUAUGACUAUAUUUACUAUUUAUUUCAACCAGUAUUUUGCGAAUGAAAAUGGGCAAAUUCGUUAUGGUUAUGAGUUUCAAUUAUGGUGUUUCUGAAUAAUUGCGGAGAUUUUCUAUGAAAUUUGGAAUUUUUGUGGAAUUUCUGGGCGGGUUAGCCUAGAGAGCAUAGUUUUUAAGUCUCUAGAGAACCUAGUUCUGAAGGAUCCGGGCCUGGAGAAUCUAAUGGUCAAGGAUCAGCACCUAGAGAGGCUAGUUGUCAAGUAGCCGAGCCUAUAAAGCCUGGACUUCAAGGAUCAGCGUCUAGAUAGCCUAGUUUUCAAGUAGUCGAGCCUAUAGAACCUAGUUUUCAAGUAGCCGAGCCUAGUGAGCCUAAUUGUCAAGGAUUCGCUCCUAGAGUACAAUGGUCAAGGAGCCGAGUCUAGAAAGCCUAAUGGUCAAGAUUCAGCGCCUAGAGAGCAUAGAUCUCAAGAAGGUCAGCUUAGAGAACCUAGUUCUGAAGCAGCCGCGCCUAGAAAUCCGAGUUCUGAAGUAGUUGCGCCUAUAGACCCUUGUCCUCUAGUAGGUGCGUCUAGAGAACCUAGUUCUGAAGCAGCCGGGCCUAGAGAGCCUAAUUGUCAAGGAUCAGCGCCUAGACAACCUAGUUUUGAAGGAGCUGCGCCUAGAAAGCUUGGUUGUCAAGUAGCCGAGCCUAGAGAGCCUGGACUUCAAGGAUCGGCGUCUAAGGAGCCUGGACUUCAAGAAGGUGCCACUAGUCCCUUACGAUAGUCUAGUCCUUCACAAAAAUCCAGAGGUUUCUAGAUUUGGUUUCGCUCGAAUUUUAGAUAUCACAGAUUUUUCAAACAGCUCUGAAAAAUCAAAAAAAAAUUGUAGAUUGAGAGGUCGGAUUUUCUUGUCUUGUCACUGAAUUAGAAACCAUGAUAGUUCUGGAACCAAAUCUUGAACAAGAUCCAGAAUUCAGACUUUUGAAACCUCCACUCGAAUUUCCCAACUAACCUAGUUUCAACACAUUUCUUUAAUACCAAAAAUUAUCCACUGUAAAAUCCCCCUCCCCCCACAAUCUCCCCUUUUUUCCUUCGUCUCAUUUUUUGCUAGAAAAUGACCUUCCUUCUAGACAGACAUGAGAGAGAUGGUCUUAAAACGUGUGUGUGUGUUUGUCUGUAUGGUCAGUUAGUGGCUGACUGACUGCGCGACCGCUCGCUCGCGCACAGGUACACACGGUCUCGAUUUAUUUGCAUUCUCUCUCUGUGUUUUUCUUGGUUGGUUGAAAAACGUCGUCGUGCUAUUAUUUGCUAUUAUUUUGAGCGCACUCUUUGAGAAAUGAAAUGACUGAAUUUAUACAGAAAUCUUCAUUUUCUGAAAAAAAUUAAGUUUGAUUUUCAAAACUCAAAAAAAUGCUCCGUGAGCCCAAGGAAACAGAAUAAAAAACUAAACCUGCUGGGCGGAAUUCUUGGGCUCGCGGAGCAUUUUUGUAACCUUUGAAGGUUUAAAGUAGUAUGUUCUGAGGACGAAUUCAUAAAUUUGUUACACCAAAAAUGUUUAAAUAAUGGUUUUCAUGGUCCCAAGGUCGAAAAUUGUGAAAAGCGUCUUCUCUCUUCAUUGAAAAUUUGAAUUUCGAUAAAAAUUGCGAAAAUUGCUGUGGAGCGCACUUGCCAUUUUUAGCAAUAAUUUUUGUAUACCAUUUUAUGAAUUCGCACCCAGAAAUGAUUAUUUCUGCAUUAUUUUCCCAUUUAAUCAUCCAACUCAACUUGUAUUUAAAUAUUCAAUGUUUUUCCCACUUUUUCCUUUCCUUCUCAUUUCCAAUUCCUUUGUCUUCUAUUUUUUCGCCUCAAAUCCAUCCAUAAAGGUGUAUUUAACCUUCUUUCCUUGUUCUCUCCCAUGUCUUUCUCUUCUUCUUUUUUUUCGCCAAAUUAGCAUAUUCCAGUCAGAUUGGUUGGUUGGGUGAAAUGGAUUAUAAUAUAUCUUAUUCACCCACCCAAAAUGAAAAUAUUGGCAUAUGUUCUCGAAAAAAGCGGAGAAGAGAUGGUGAAAUGUGAUAACGAAUACAUAGAGAGAAUGUUUCGAGCUUCUGGGUGGCUCUUUUUUUUUGUUGGGCUGGUGGGGCGGUGAUUUUAUUUAGAAUCUAGAAAUUUGAGGUCUGAAAUUCUUGGUCUCCCAACAAUUUUUCCAGAAAGUUCAAAAAUCAGACAUCAGAAUUUGUAGCUGAAGUUGCAGUCUGAAAAUUUAGAAUUUUUGAAAGACGCGCUUUCCUGGUUUCAGCUGAAAAUUGAUGGGAAGCUGAAUUUUGAGGCCUGAAAUUCCGUGUUCUCCAGAAAAAUCAAUUUUUUCUAGAAAAUUCUAGUGUAGGUUCAAAAAUCAGACUACAGGGUGACACAUAAUUAUUGUCGCCACUUUGAACCUCUGUAGGUAGGGCAAGAUUUCGAAUUUUAACAAUGUUAAGGUCGGAAACUUUAGAAAACAUGAUUACUGACAGAUUUUCAAAACUAUACUGACAACACAAUUUUUUACCCACCCACCACCUUCACCAACCCCAAAAACUUUGAAUUUUGCGAUUUUAAGCCUAUUUUUUCUCUUUCCAAGUUCCAGAAAUUUAUCAGACUGAACAUAUGUAUUUGGAAAUUAUGUUUUAAUACAUUUUUUGAUGUCCUGAACAAGAUAUAAUAGCAUAUCUUGCAAGAGUUUACCGCUUCUCACUUGUUUCAGGGCUCCAAAGUCAAGCGUCUUUUCCGAAAUUUCAAAAAAAAAAUCGAGAAAAAUCAAGAAAAAGAGCAAAAUCCAUUCUGAGAUCUAGUAUGAGUUUUUGAGUGGAACUUUUUGUGAACAAGUCUAUUCUAUGCACUAAAACAAAGUAUUUUGGGAUCUGAAACCUAGCUCAAAUCUGACUUGGAGUUAGCAAAACUCCCAAAACCAUGAAUUUUGAGCGUUUUCUACAAUGAAGGUCCCUAUGUUUUUCUGAUAAUUUCCAGCUUUGGUAUUGUGCAAAAAUCCAUUUCAGGGACCGAAUUUAGGAUAUAAACACUUUUGGGCAUAGUCAGUAUUCACCAUUCUCAUAAAAUUUACACCUAAAGUCCCAAAAACGAAUUUUCUUCUGAAAAAUUAUUUUUGGAAAUCUAUCUCUACUUCACCGCUGUUACUAUAAUCCAGCGGAGCUAGUAUGAUCAAAAUAGAAUACAAAAGUUUAAUUACAUAACCUUUAAGAUUAAAUUUAUCAAAAUCAAACUUUAUCUAAUUUCGUUUUGGAAAUGUAGAACUCAGGUUAACGAGUUCAACUCACGCGACAAUAAUUAUGGGUCACCCUGUACAAAAUUUGUAGCUGACAUAGAAAUUGUAGUAGUUAUUGUUCUAAAUUUUGGGAUUCAGCUUUCAUUUGUCAUUUGUUGAAGCUGGAGCUCUGAAUUUUUGAAGAGAAUCCAGAAGCCCUUGAGAACUUCAAGCUGAAAUCAGAGGUUCGUGUAAACUUGGUUAGGAUUUGGCUGAAAAUCAGAUGUUUCAGAAUUUUCGAGCUCCUCUAGCUUCUAACCUGGGCGAAGAGCUUUUCAGAAGUCUGAAAAUUAUUUUGACUGAAAUUCUGAAUUUCUGAAAAGCUCUUGGUAAUGAGAAUUUGAAGCUUAAGAAGCUCUAAAAUUCCCGAAACAUCUGAGAUUUCAUUCUAGUCCAAAAUUAUUUUCAACCGAAUUCUACCCAAGAUUUCUGAAACUUCUGAUUUCAGCUUGGAGUUCUCAAUGGCUUCUGGAAAUCUGGAUCUUUCUCAAAAAUUUCAAAAUUCAGAACUAAUCUAAUCGGAAGCUCACCCGUCUAAAUAUUUUAAACCUGCGCUUAGGCUUCCAGAAGUCUGUAAUUGAUAUCUGAAGCUUCAGAAAAUUUCAGUACCCGAAGCUUCAAGUUCGAACUCAAAAAAUCUAGAAGUCAUCCAGAAACGAUCUGAAAAUUUUUGAAAAUCGAUUCCACCCAUCUUCUCCCACACAAAAAAACCAAAGUAUAUAAUUUGUUAUACCUAACUGUCUCUUCUGUUUUUUUUCUAAAACAAUUUUCUCCUCCACCCCGAACACACACAACUUCCUGUUAAUUCUGAAGGUCAUUCUCCAAAAAUGACCGUAGUUUUUCUCUUUUCCACUAGUUUUCAGCGUCAAAAAAAAGGCCACGCCCACAAUGACCUUCAACACGAUAUUUUAAGCCCCUUCACCUAUUAUUAUUAUUUUAUAUUAUAGAUAGAUAGAAAGAGUGGCUGAAUUUGUUUGCAAAAAGAGCGAGCGAGCGAGCGCGCGCACGGACAGUGUACAGAGAGAGAGAGAGACACAGAGAGAAAAAGAGAUGAGGAGAUGGUGACCCCGACGACCGCCCGGGUGGUAAAAAUGGACACAGCAAAAAAGAGAAGAGUGGGGGAAAAAAGUGGAGAGAGAGAGAGAAAAAAGAGCGCGGCGAGGGAGAGCGUGCGCAAUGCAAUUGUAUAUAUUUAUAUAUAUAUAUUCUAUAGAUUCUGUAUAUAUAUAUUAAUCGAUUGAUUUUUUGUGUGUGUCGGCUUUGGUGUUUGGUGGAGGCUCUGACUCUUUUUUUUAUUGGGGUGUGGGAGAACUUUGGAAAGUUUUGAGAAAUUCAGAUUUUCUGAAAAACAAAAAAUCUAUCAGAAUUAGUAGCUGAAAUUGAAAUUCUAGUAAUUUUUGUUCUGAAAAUUUGGGAUUCAGCCCUUUUUCAAUCAAUACUAACCAAGUUCUGAAUUCUGUUUUUUUCAGCAUUUCGGAACCCUAGAGCUUUUCAAGCUUCGGAUUCUGAAUCUGAAGAGCUUUCGAUAUUUUGAAAAAUAUUCCUAGCUCAAUUUUCUGAAACUUAGAAGCUCUUGAUUUAAAUUCUGGAAAAUUUGCAUAAGUAUCAGAAAUUUUUUUAUCAACUUCUCUGAAAGAUUGUGAGCUGGAUUCUUGAUUUUCUGAAACUCAGAAGCUCUUGAUCUAGAAUUUGUGAAAAUCUCUAAAAAUGUGGCUAUUUUUCAUCCCGGGGUGUUUUUCUAAAGUUGUUUUUUCUUGCCUAAUUUCAGUGUUCACUAGAAGCCUACAGAACCCUUUGAAAAAAAUUAUUUAACCAAAAUUCAAUUUCUAUAAAUCAUCUCGGUCAUUUUUUGAUCCUAAAAAAUAGAUCUUAUUUAUAUAUUUAUUGAAUUUCUUUGCUAUGAUUUCUGAAAGUUUGUGAUUUUUGCAAGAUUUUUAAAAAUCAUAUUUAAAACAUUCUGAUUUUCAGAAAUUUUUUUACCUGCAAAAUUUGAAUCUAGGCUUUUAGCUUGAUUCUCAAAACCUCGCUUAUAAGCUUUUUUCUUCCAUACAAACUUUUUUGUAUAUUUUCUUGACCUCGAUGAAUCAGUGAGAAAUGUGACUCAGAUUACUCUGAAUCAGAUUUUUCUUGUUGAGUCAUGUUUUUUUCUAGUUCCACUGAAAAUUCUCCAAAUUCUACCCUUCUUCAAGUAUUCCCACCAAAUAUACGUUUCAAAUCAUAGUUUCUCCCCUACACAUUUUUCGCAUUAUCAUGCUAAUUCUUCCAUAAUUUUUUCAUUUCUUCUCAAUUUAUUUAUAGUUGUUAAAUACAGUAUCCCCCUAAUUUUAUAAUUUUUUUCCAGAUUUUUUAUUGUUUUCUCGCUCUUCCCCGUAUUUAUAUAUGAUAAUUGAUUUUAUUUGAAUUUUUCUUCUUCUAUCGAUUUUCAGGUGUGUUUGUGUGUGUUCUAGAAACAGAACCAGAUUUUUCGAAAUUUGAGAUUUCACACACAAACACCUUGACCCACUUUUUACAGUCUAUUAUUCGUCGUUUUUUUCUCAAAAGUUUUUUUUUGCGCGCGGCGAUGAAUUUUGUUGAAACUUUAAUUCCUUCCGGAACUUUUUUUCAGUCACAUGUUUUUUCAAAAAAAACGAGUUUUUACAACAACAUUUGGUCACCUUCUCUUAAAGUGCAACACUUUUUUUGAUCUCUUUGAGUUCUGGGACUGAGAGACCUUGACUUUGGUUUUUUUGUUGAAAAUUUCUCAUUUUUUCGAUUGACGUAUUUCAAUUUUGAACAGCUGAAAAUCUAUAUCUGAAAAUGAAAUUCGUAUUUUUUCAGAGAGAAAAAAUAAAUGAUGCCUGAAAUUUCCAGACAUUUUUAUGUGGUUGAGAGAAUUUAGAAAAAAGAUUUUUUGGCGGUUUUUGAAUCGGAGCCAAUUUUCAAACACAAAUUUUUUUGUCUUCGGAAUUUUUUUAUCAAAAAAAAAUUUGAAUUUAUUUUUGGUGUCCAAAAAAUCCAAAAAAAUAUUUUAAAUUUUUUUCUGGAAACUUUAGGGGCAAGAUUUUCUAGUCAAGAGUUUCUAGAAGUUCCAAAAUCAAAGAUUCUAGCUCUAGCCCCUGGAGAACUUCAGGAUUUCGAUUUUUGAAAAUUUUAGUCUGCUUCUGAAAUUUCAAAGUUUGGAUGAGGUUUACUUGAAAGAGCCUUCCCAAAUCCGGAAAAUUCAGACCUGAUUUGUAAAAUUAAAAAUCGUGGAACUAGAUUUUUUAAAAUUCAAAAAAUCGAGAAACUUCGGAGAUCCAAUUUAUUUUUUAAAUUUAGGUCUGAUUCAGAAAUAAGGUUCUAAAGCGGUUCUAAAAUUUACGGAUUCCGAAAAAUUCAGAACCAACCCUAUUUCCGAAUCAGACCUGAUUUGUAAAAUUAAAAAUCCAAAAAAGUGGUUCUGGAACUAUGUAGAUUUCUUAAAGUUUCAAAAUCGAGAAACUUCGGAGCUUCAAAAGAUUUCUGACUACAAAAGAUUGGUUCAUGUUAGUUUUUAAGGACCAACAUUUUCUCUUCUGGUUCAGAGAAGACUCAAAAACCAACCUGAUUUGGAAGCCUGGCCUCAAACCCCCUCCUUUCCGAUUUUUCUUCCGAUUUUCAAAAGUCUGCUCACUUUUCCGCCAUGUCUUUCCAGAAACAUGUGUUUUUUGCGCGCUGGCCCUACUCCUCCUUGGGUCGCUCGCGCGCGACCUCCCAUUCAUCUCAUCCUCCUUCUGUUCAAUGUUUUCAACCUCAUCUUCUUCAUCCUCGAUUUUGCUUUUUGCUUUUUCGCUUCUUGCUUUUUCCCCCGCCCGUGCACCUGUCCUUUUCCUCUCCCCUCACACACACACAUAUUUUUUUGGCUGUGUCCCCCCGUUUUUUUCCAACCAACCAACCAAUUCCAAUUCGUUUACUUUUUUUAUGAUUAUUAUUAUAGAGAGAGAGCGAAUUGAGGGAGAGACCCGUCCCUCCCAUUUUGCCCUCUCCCCCCACCGUCGCUCUGUCACUCACAGAUACACACACACACACAUCGCUCUGAUUUUUUAUUGAUUUUACGAAACUUUAACUAUGAUGGUUUUUUUUUUCGGCGACGGGGAAAAAAGGAGGAGAUGGGUAAAUAUAGAGGGCAGGCUGACGGCGCGCUGGAAAAACGCGCACUUUUUUUUUUCGAAAUUUUAAAGUGGACUGUUUUUUAUAGAGUCUAGAACGCAACAUUUUUAUGGUGAAAAAUUUGAAUUCAAGAAUUCGCGCCAAAAUUGUUCGCUACAGUAAACCUUGUAGGCUUUUCUUUGAUCUUUUGGUUUUCUAGGCCAGGAUGAAAUUUUGAAGAAGAUCUGAAAAAAUCUGAUUUUUCAGGAUUCCAAAAUUUUUGGCUGAAAAUUUUUUGAUCCAUGAGAACUUUGAAAGCUGCCUAAUUUUUUAAUUAAUUUUUUUUCUGAAAAAAUACUUUCGAGAAAAUGUGAUUUUUUGGAUUUUUCUAGACUUCUUAAAUUGCAGUUAAAAAUAAUCUCAAAAAAAUUAGAGAUAAUUUUUGUUUGUUUAGUUUUUGACGUGGCUUUUUUUAAUAGUUUUUUUUUGAAUUCUAAUUUUUUUUCUGAAAAUUACUCCGGAACUUAACACAUCUUGAAAUUUUGAGGAAAUCUGAUUUUUCGGGAUGAUUUCUUUUCGAACUUGGAAGAUUUCGAGAUGAAUCUGAUUUUCAGCUAUUUUUUUCUAGUUUUGAAGUUUUCUGGCUUUUAGGCUUCAUCUUGUGAAGAUCUAAAUUUUCAGAUUUUUUUCCAGCUAUAAUUUUUGAAACCGUAUUUUUCAAAAUUCCAAAAUAUUUAUCGAAACCCGGAGAACCCUAUUUUCCAUAAAAAAUUUUGGUUUUUGAAACAAUCUUCAAAACAUCGUAAAAUAUGUUUUCCCCCGAAAAACAUUUCAAAAUUUGUCUGAAAAACUGUAAUUUUUUCGACUUCCUUGUUCUUUAUCAGUUUAUUUAUUUAGUUUUUGCAAAGUAACCCUUUUUCUUUUUUUUUUUUCUUCCCAAUUCUUCAAAUAUAGCUAUCUACUUAUAUAUUUCACACCCUAAUCCAUUCAUCCUCACAAAUUAUUACAUAAAUACUCAAUUAGUCUCCGCCUCCCCCCAUUUUUAUUUUUCUAUAUUUUUCAAGCGAAUUAACUUGGGUCAUCCUCCGCUCUGUGUUAAAUGAAUAAUCUCCUCAUGUUUUGUGGUCCGAUAAUUAUUAUGGCUGACUGGCUGGCUGGAAAAAGACCUUGAAUCCUCUUAAGAAGGCAGAAGAAUAAGUGCGCUAAAUAAAAUUUGGGAGAAGGAGGAGAGAAGAUGUGAACAUCUGUUGUGUGUAUUCUUGUAGAUUAAUGAGUCCGACUCGCGCACCAAACCUUCUGCUUGCUUUAUUUUCUCUUUCUUUCUGAAAUUUUAUGGGAAACGCGCGCUUUUUUAUUGGGUUUUAAUUUGAAUUUGGUAGUUUUGUGCUAGUUUUGAGAAUAUUUCCUGAAGUCCAGUUUUGAGCCUUGCAAAAAUCAGAAAGAAAAAUCGAUUUACUAAAAUUUCAAACAUUUUUAUCACAUGUUAGAGUUUCUACAUUUUGUGCAUAAAUUAUACUUUUCUUAAAUUGGGAAAAACUCGGAAUUUCAGAGUUUCUGGACAUUUGGUAAAUCUUGUACGCUGAUAAUUUUCUGAUAUUUUUUAAAAUUCGAAAUCUGAAUUUUCUGUUAGUUUUGAGAGUUGAUGACAUUUUGAGAAUAUUUCCUAUAGUCUUCUAGUUUUGAGCCUUGAAAAUUCGGAGAUUAUCGAUUUUUUCACAGUAUUUUAUAUUUUAUAUUUUUUCAGAUUUUUUCGGGUUUAGCGCUAAAAAAUCCACGUGGCGCGAGAUUUUUGAUUUUUUUUUGAAAUUCAAAAAUUUCAGAAUUUGGAAUUUUCUGGAAGUUUUGAGAGUUGGUGAAAUUUUAAGUAUAUUCACUAGAGUCUAGUUUUGAGCCUUAAAUCAAUUGUGAAUUUUUUUUUUCAUUUUUUUUCUCUUUUUUCUCCUUCUUAACCUAUCUCAAUUUUUUCUUUCCUCAAAAAUUUCUAAAUUCCCUCGAUAUCUUCAUAUUUUCCAGGUAGAAGUAGAUAAUAAAAUGGGACCAGAGAGUGUGGCAAAUUUCGACUAUCUGAAACAGGCGACAAGUUGUAUUCAGCAGUUUCUGAACGAGUUGCGAAGUUCGCCUCGACAUCAUCAGAUUUGCGGCGAGGAAAUCAAACCAGAAAUUGAACAACAACAACAAGAAACAGCAUCGACGACAGAAAAUGAGGUGAUUGAUGAAUUGUCGAAGAUCACAAUGACUUUGGAGAAAUUUAUGGAAAGUCAGAAGUGUGUGAAUGAAGUGCUGACUGGGACUAUGGUAAGCAUUUGGGAAGGGGUGACACGUUUUUUAGAAAAAAAAAGAAAAAUCUAGAAUUUUUCUGAAGCAAGUUUUUUUUCAAGUGCAAUUUUUGAAAAGCAAAAAAAAUGCAAUUGGAAAAUUGAUAAUUUUGAAAUUUUUAUCAAUUUUUCACUACAUUUUUCUACAAAAGUUUUUUUUCGGUCAAAAAUCUAAAAUUUUCAAGAGAGCUUAAAAAUUCCAUUUCGAAUUUCAAAAUUUUUCCAGAAAAAGAACUUGCUUCUGAAAAAUUACAGUUUUUUUCCAGAUUCACUUUUUUUGAAAAAAAAAGAAAAAUCUAGAAUUUUUCAGAAAAAUUUUGUCAAAUGCAGUUUUUGAAAAGCAAAAAAAUACAAUUGAAAAAUUGAUAAUUUAAAAAGUUUUUAUCAAUUUUUCUUUUUUUUUUGUGAAAAAUUUCAAAUUUUCAAAUUUUCAAAAGAAUCUCGAAUUUCAAAAUUUUUCCAGAAAAAGAACUUGCUUCUAAAAAAUUACAAUUUUUUAGAUUCAAAAAAUCUCUCAAAUUUUGUGUGACACGUCAUAAAUUUUUUUCAGAAAAAAAAGGAAAAAUUUUGUCAAAUACAAUUUUCGAAAAGCAAAAAAUUGAUAAUUUUUAUCAAUUUUUCAUCGCUUUUUUCUACAAAAUUUUUUAACAAUUUUUUUAAACAAAAAUUUCAAAAGAAUCUCGAAUUACAUAUUUUUCAGAUUCAAAAAAAAAAGUUUUUCACCGAAAAAUUGCACAGUUUUUCAAACCUAAUUUUUUCCAGAAAUGCGGUGCCUGCGGUGCUUGCGCAGUUGGUCUAUCAGCCAAUGGCUCCGCUUCUUCUGGAGCUGAAAGUGAAAGUGGAAGAGCAUCCGAAGAACGCAGAAAAGUGUCGGAAGAAGAGGAUGAUGUGAUGUCAAUUGUUUCACGAAUCGCAUCAGUUGAUUCAGUUGAGCAAUCUGUGAGUUAUCCUAAAUCCUUUUCCUUUUUCUCUUUCUCUUUCAUAGAAGUUUUCUUCAGAUCUUUGAACAAUCAAUAAAAUCAGUGAGUUCAUCUGCAAGUGCACAACCUGAGGAAGAAGAACAACCGACUUUGCGGGAAGAGGAAAUUGUGAUGAAAUCGAUAUUGGAUUCGACGAUCACUGAACAACCCACUGAUACAAGUGUGGUAAGCGUUUCCUUGAUUUUUCGAAGGGGAAAAAUUCAAAAAAUUCUCUCUUUCAGAUUGACUCGUUCCUCCAACAUUCUUUGUUCAAAACUUUGGAACUUCAACAAGCGCAACAGCAGCAACAUAUUUUGCAACAACAGAUUCAAAAUCAGAUGAAAAAAGAGGAGCAACCAAUUGAAGAUACGACAGUUAUCACAAGUAUUUUGGAGAAAAUUUUUGGCACUCAAAUUCCACCGAUAAUUAAUCAGAAACCACCCGCGGCACCACAAGUUGCACAGAAAAAAGCGGUUGAAAAUAGUUCGCCCAAUGAAACAACUUUUGAUUCAUUUGGAGCGCUUGAAGCGUUGUUUAACGAUUCGAUGAAUGGAUUCGAACCAUCGACGAGUGAAGUGAAACAAACGAAAAAACGGAAGAGCACACCGCUGAAAGCGUCGAAAGUUGAGGGAGCUGGUUAUGUAUGUCCGAUGGAGGGUUGUAAUAAAAUAUUCAAGGAAAAAGGAUCGGUUCAUCGACAUUUUGUCACACAUAUUGGAAUGAGAUUUAAUGUGAGUUUUGGGUGGAAUUAGGGGAAACCUUUAAAAAAAUCGAUUUUAAUCAAUUUCAAUUCAAAAGUUAAGCUCCUGGUUUAAAAAAGCCACGGUGUUUCACAGUUUUUUUUUAAUUUUUGAGAAGAUUCUAGACAAAAUCCUGUACUAAUUAGUACAUGCUCUUACAAAUGAGCACAACUUAUUUUUUGCUCAGACGCCAGCUUUAAAUCUCAAAAAGUUUUGUGCUAGAGAUUAGAAUUUUAAACUCCAAGCAUUUUUUCAAAAAUCCUAAAAUGAGUUUUCCGAUUUUAUUUCAUGAGAAAAAUAAAAAAAUUCUAAUAAAUACUGAAAUUGAUAACUUUUGCUGUUGAUUUUGUAAUUUUUCCAGAAUUUUGAAAAAAUCCCAAAUUUUUAUCAUUCAAAAAAUUUUGUCUCACCUAAAAUUUCCGUAUUUAUUUCAUCAAAAAAUAUAGCAUUUUUUUUAAUCAAAAAUUUCAUCAAAAGUUUCCUCGAAAAAUGAAAAUUUUAUGUGAAAAUAUUUUUUAUCCCAAGAAUUUUGAACUCAAAGCAAUUUUUUGAAAAUUAAAAAAAUCCAAAAAUGAAUUUUCCGAUUUUAUUUCCUCAAAAGUUUGCUAUUGAUUUUGUAAUUUUUCCAGAAUUUUGAAAAAUAUCCCAAAUUUUUAAAUAUCAUUUAAAAAAAUUUUGUCUCAACUAAAUAUUUAUUUCAUCAAAAAAAUAUAGGAAAAUUCUUGUGAAAAAAAUAAUUUUUCGAAAAUUCAAAAAAAAAUCCAAAAAUGAAUUUUCCGAUUUUAUUUCUGCAAAAGCUGAAAAAACUGAAAUUGUGGUGAUUUUUCUGAAAGUUACGACAUUUUCCCGAAUUUUGGUUUUUUUCAAUGAUUUUUCACCAAAUUUCUUGCGAAGAAAAAGAAAAUUUCAUAUGAAAACUAUAACUCUGGCUUUAGAUUUUCAUCCCAAGAAUUUUGAGCUCCGAGAAAUUUUUUGAAAAUUCGAAAAAAAAUUAAUUUUUCUCAAAAACUGAAAAUGCAUGAGAAAAAUAGAAGAUUUCUUGAAAAACCUGAAAUUGCGGUGAUUUUUCUUUUUUUCAAUAACUUUUCACAGAAUUUCUUGCGAAAAAAAUUUACCGAAAUCCAAAUUUCCCACAAAAAUCCACGUUUUCCAGUGCGACCAAUGUAAAGCAAGCUACACACAAAAGCAUGCUCUGAUGCUCCACCAAAAAAUCCACGCCAAUCCCGAUGCCUAUCAAUGUAGAGGAUGUGGAACAAAUUACACAACACAAAACGGGCUCAGAUUGCAUAGACAAAGAAAUCCAGCUUGCAUGGAAUUGGCCAAUGAGCUGCUCAAUCAAUCUGCAGCUCAAUCAACACCAAAUACACCAAUCUCCAAAUCGUCUCCAACUGCAGCAGCAACAUCUUCAGCUCCAGCUUCAGAGAUUCAACCAGAUCUAUCCGCACUCUUCCUACCUGGUUUACUUCCAAAUGUUGAUUCUUCAACUGAUUUGUCAGCUUUGCUAUUAUCAACAUUGGCCAAUGAGAAUUCAACUUCACCCCAAAAAUCAACAUCGAAUGAAUCUGUUCAAAUUACAGCGAACCCACAAUUUUCUCUAUUAGGAACCUAA